AUGCAAUAUUGUUAAAUACACAAUCCUCAAUUUUACUAGACUGAAUAGUAAUAAUUAUCAUAAUAGUAACUUUUACCUCAGCACAUUUAUCUGAUAAAUAAAUAUAAAAACAAGAAAAAAGCUUACAAAGGUAAUAUAAUAUUUGAUCGUAGAGUCUUUGAAUGAUUUAAGAAAUCAAAUGAAAAUAAUUUUAGAUAAAUAAUUAAAUCAAGAAUAAGAAUUAACUUAAUUGAAAACCUAAUAUCAUUUAGAAAAAGAGUAAUGGUAAUAAGAAAAGAAGAUUUUAAAUUCUUUAUGUCCAUAGAAGGAUUUAAACUACAAUGGAUUGUAAUAAGAAAAGAAAUCUUAUAAAGAAAAGAAAAAAGAACUUAAGAAUUAAUUGUAAAAAUAAUAAUAGCAAUGUUAAUUUUAAGAAGAGAAAUUUCAAGAAAUUUUAUUAGAGAAUUCAAAAUUAAGAGCAAUACUAAAUGGGAGAGAUUAAGAAUGUUUAGUCUUAUAGUAAGAAGUUGAAUACUAUUAGAAAAGAUUAAUUUAAUUAUAAAGAUAGUGA